AUGGCCUACUGUUUAUUAGCAUGGGUUUUUGAGUUGCAAGGUACACUGCCAAAAGCCGUUGAACAUUACCAAGCUAGCAUAAACUUAUUCAAUUCCUUGAGAGUACUUCUAAUAUCUAAAGAUGAGUGGAAAGUUGAUUUUCGAAAUCAGCAUCAAGUGGCGUAUACGGGUUUGUGGAGAGUUCUCGUAGAGCAAGGUAAUGUAGAUGAAGCCUUAUUUGUUGCUGAGAAAGGACGAGCUCAAGCUCUGACCGACCUCAUGGAAUCCAGUUUUUGUGGUGGAACAAGUCACCACAAGGAGAAGAUGAAGAUUGCGCAGUUUUAAAAAACCUUCCAUCAAACACUGUCUUUCAGGCAGUGGACGAAGCUAACGUCAAUCUUUGGGUUGUGUCCGAAGGAAAACAAGUUCAGUUAAGACAAAGUAAACUCAAAGGUUUUGUUUCAGAGAAUAGUGGAUCAAGCCUGUCCUUUAAGUCGUUCAUGCUCGGUGUCUAUACACAACUUGGUGUUCUUUCUAAUGUGAGAUGCGAGAAUCGAUCUUUAGAUGCUUUGAGGGAGGGCCGUUCAAAAGUGGAUGAGAAAACCAAAGAAGCCAAGCCUCAAUCUCACAUCCAACAAGACGGAUGCUUGAGCACUUUGUAUGAUAUCGUUAUGAAGCCGGUGGCUGACUUGAUUGAAGGGGAUGAGCUACUCAUUAUUCCUGAUGGACCCCUGUGGAUCGCUCCUUACGCUGCAUUGAAGGAUGGUAAUUCUAAAUACCUGUGUGAGUCGUUCAAAAUCCGAGUCGCUCCAUCGUUAGCAAGUCUUAGACUCAUUGCCGAUUGCCCAGAUGAUUAUCACAAAAGCAGUGAUGCGUUACUCGUAGGAGAUCCGUGGGUAUCCGAGGUUACUAACAGCGAGGGAAAGAAAGUCUUCGAGCAGCUUCAGUAUGCUAAAAUAGAAGUAGAAAUGAUCGGAAAAAUUCUGAAUAUCACGCCAAUCACUGGCAGUCAGGCCACGAAACGUGAGGUGUUGAAAAGACUCAGUUCCGUUUCUCUAGUUCACUUUGCGGCACACGGACGUAUGGAAACUGGCGAAAUUGCUCUUACACCUGACCCAGACCGAAUAUCUACUGUGCCAACGGAGGAGGAUUACAUUUUAACAAUUGGAGAUGUGUUGAAUGCUCAACUUCGGGCCAAACUUGUUGUGCUUAGUUGCUGCCACAGCGGCCGGGGCGAGAUCAAGGCUGAAGGUGUGGUUGGCAUUGCGCGCGCUUUUAUGGGGGCUGGUGCUCGGUCUAUUGUGGUGUCCCUGUGGGCGAUUGAUGACGAGGCUACUCUUGAGUUCAUGAAAUACUUUUAUCAACAACUUGCAGGAGGUAAACCAGCAAGCGAGUCACUGAACCUGGCCAUGAAAAGCCUCAGAGAAUCAGACAAGUUCUGCGACAUCAAACACUGGGCGCCCUUUUUGCUGAUUGGAGAUGACGUCACUCUUGACUUCAUGGCAAAGGAAAGAGAAAAUUUGAAUAUGAAAUCGCAUAAAUGAAAACUUUUUAUUUCAUCUCAAAAUGAAUGACGCAGGAACUUGGAAGGUUUAAAUGCUUCUCCAUUUUGGCGCUUUUUGGCGAUUUUUCAUUACUUUUCACUUUUUUGUUAAAUGGAACUUGAGAUGUGUGACUUUACUUUGAUGAAGAAAUAAAACAGACUAUUUCAGUAUAUUUUUGUUCAGUGGAAUUGCUAUUUUUUUACCUUUACAAAUUUAGAUGCUUGCGAAGAGAACAAGAUGCAACAAGGCUUCUGCUGUUAAUGCCUGAAGUUGUUGAAGGCGACUACGAGGUUUUCGUUUCGCCAAAAUGACACUCAGAUCUAUUCCUUUAUUGCAAUCAGUUAUGUGUAAAAUAAUUUAAAGGUUUCUUUUCUUGUACACAACCAGGAGCUUGUCCACCGGGUUUUAAUUACGUUGAUACCCUAAGCUUUUGAUAAGCAAAGAAACAGUUUGUCAUUUGCAAAAGGUGGCGAAAUUUUAAUUUCAAAAAUGUGAUUUGCAAACUUCGCAGCCAUAUGGGAAUUGAUCUGAAUGGCUUUUCUACGUCAUAAAUUACUUUGUUGCAAUUUGCAAUUAUCUUUACAAAAAAAUUGAUUGUCAUUUUCAAUUUUUUUUCAAUCCAUUUUAAUGCAAUCUAAUUCCAUCAGUGCCAAGAUUGCCAUUCUAAGCUUAAUUUGAAGAAGUAAUCAUCAGAGAUGAUGUUGUUGAAUUUACUGACCAUAUGCAUAUGUUAGAGACAUUAGACCUACUCUCAGGGGUGUGGCCAGCCUCUAGUCCCGUGGGCCCGGCCUACAAUUGUUUUCCGCCCGCUUGACUUUUCUAAUAUGACUCUUACAAAUGUUGAAGCAAAAAUUUAAAUUUCUCAGGAAAAAGGCCUACAACAAGUCAAAGAGCUGGCUACAACGGCCUGCUUUCAAUCAAACGAGUUUGAUCAAUUAGUCCGUUUUAUCAAACACUCAUCAGUUUGUUUUAGAGAACGACGACAGAGACAAAUUGUCCAUGUAAUCUAAACAAGGAAAUAGCGAAGCAGAGUUUACUUUAACUGAAGUUUCCAUUGCUGUGACUUUUAAUGUAGGUGACAUGGAAUUUGUUGUUUUCAUUAGGAAAAUAUUUACGCCAUUAAAUUAGGGAAACAAUUGAAGUAAGCCAUGUAGUCCUCAAUGGGAAUUAUUUUGGUGAAAAUGUUCAUGAAUAAAUGUAAAUCUAGGCCGUAGUUAAAAUGGUUCAGGGCUUCGGGAUAAAAUUUGCAUUUUUUUGAAAAUUUGCUGUUCAAACUUUUUUCAUGGCUUUAAAUUUACCUUAGUAUAAUUUGGAGAUGUCUGGUGAUAUCUUUCUUAGAUUUAAGAAUUUAUACUUAGGUAUUCAGAGCACGCUUUGUAAUUAGAACCCGUUAUGUGGUCAAAGUUUAAGGUAUACUGUAUCACAGCUGUUUUAAAAGAAAUUUUUGUAAAAUCAGUGUUAAUUUUUGACAGAUUUUGAUAACUACCAUUGGUAUAUGCUGGUAUAAAAUGUAAUAGUUAACCUUGCACAUGGUUGAAUAUGACGUAACGUAGGAUUUUAAAAACAAGCUGGGAUAAUUUAGACUAAACAUUCUUUUUAUGAUAUCAGUGUAUUUGGUGUGAAUUGUUUUGAUGCUAUUUGUACUUAAAGUUGAAGCUAUUUGUUCAUUUACCUUAGUUUUUAUUCAUUGACUCAUUAACUCCCAAGUUGUGAAGAAAAAUUCUCCCAACUGAUAAGAAUGUGUUUCUUUGUUGCUUCAUUCUGAGAAUUCGAUGAAACAUAACGUUUCUAGUGAAAAAUAAUCCGCUAGUUUAGAUUUUCUCUAAUUCUUAUUGACACCAUGUUUGUUGGUGCAUUAAUUUUGUGAGGAGAAUUUAAGUUAUGAUCAAUCUUGGGAAUAAAUGGGUUCAUUUUAGUGUCUCCGUUUAGCGCGU